AUGGCUCAUCCUCCUCUUUUAGCAGGUGAAUUGGUUGUCGUUGCUCUAAAAGCUGAAAAGUUGCAGCAUCAGGCACCAGGAAAACAAGAUCCGUUUUGUUUGUUUAGAGUGGGAGAUGUUAUCAAGCGAACAAAGACAGAUUACGGUGGAGGACUCUACCCCAUUUGGGACGAUCAGGUCAACAUUCCUGUAGCCGCUGGACAAUAUCAGAUGCAUGUUCAAAUCUUUGAUAAAGACACCAAACCUAAUAAUCUGAUGGGCGAUGGCAUUGUGGAUUUGAAAAAGGUACUGAGAGACAAGGAACACGAUGGCUACUUUCCAUUGACCUUUCGCGGUCGGCAAGGCACAGGUGUCAUUUAUUUGGAAUUGACAUUUUAUUCAGCACAAAAUUCAGCGAGACCUCAGCAGCAGGUGAGAUACCAGUAUCCUCCUGGACAUGUUCCCGGUGGCAACUUCCGUCCACCACCUCCUCAACAGCAGCACAGACCUCCCCAUGCACCUCCACCACAGCAGCACCAUCUACAUCACCCACAAAACUAUCCUCCUCAACCACAGCAACCACAUUAUAACAGUAGACCUCCUCCAAUGCUCAUUCAAACACCUCCAGUGCAACACCACCAAAGACCUCUACCUCAACCGCCUAUUCAGCAGCCACAUAGACCUCCUCCUCCUCCUCCUCCUGUCUCGCAACCGCAGCCUUAUCCACAUCCUCAACCAAGACCUUCCUCUUCCAUGGGUACAGCUCAAAUGUUUUCGCCUGUAAUGCCUUCUCCACAACCGUUGUUGUCAGCCCCAUAUCAGCCAGCUCCCUCUCCAGCUACCAGACCGACACAUUUGAACUAUCCUAAUCAGCAGAGACAAUCGUUUCCUACACCAGCACCCUAUCAUGGACCUCCAGGCGGGUUUCUUGAUCCUUCACAGCAGCAGCCACAUUACCCUCCUCAACCACCACCUCCUCAAGGAGGAGGGUAUUAUCCACCUCAGCCUCAACACCACAAUAAUAGACCACCGCCACCGCCACCUCCUUCUAGUAUGGGCUAUCCUAGACCCAACAACACCAUGAGCUAUCCAUAUCAAUAA